GGACUACAAAAAUACACUAUAUCCGGUCUUGGACGACGAAAAACCGCGCCAUUUCCGUUGGUUUUCUUGGCGGACUACAAACACGUCAUCGUUAACUCGCUCGGACUACAGAAUGACGUGGUCCUCCUCGGUGCACGAGCGGCCCCUGGUGGCGGGAAGAGCAGCUCCAGAUCCUGUUAGUGACUCAGGUUAACAGUCAGUGUGUGAGUGGUGAUGAGCCUCAGGAGGCUAAAUACAGGAGCUAGCAGGAGCUAACAGGAGCUAGCAGGAGCUAGCAGGAGCUAACAGGAGCUAACAGGAGCUAACAGCUGCCACAAGGACUCUACUAACACCUGAGAUAAUAAGGACAGAAUCAGGCUCCAGACAUGGACGGGCUUGCGGGGGAAAUGCUGGCGGGGGUCCAGGACAGCUCCGUCAUGGCUCGCAUGCAGAAGAAGUUCUGGAAGACGAAGCAGGUUCUGAUCAAAGCCACGGGGAAGAAGGAGGACGAGUACGUGGUCGCCUCCGACGCUGACCUGGACGCCAAGCUGGAGUUCUUCAGGUCGGUCCAGGUGACCUGCACUGAGCUGCUGAAAGUCAUCGAGAAGUACCAGCACCGCAUCACACGUCUGUCCCAGGAGGAGAACGAGUUGGGUCUGUUCCUUCGGUUCCAGUCAGAACACGACAAAACCAAAGCUGGAAACAUCAUGGACGCCACCAGCAAGGCCCUCUGCUCCUCAGCCAAGCAGAGGAUGUCCCUGUGUCCCCCCCUGCGGCGCCUCCUCCAGGAGGUGGAGACGUUCCGGCGCAGAGCGAUCUCUGACUCCCUGCUGACCGUCUCCAGGAUGGAGAGGAGCAGGACGGAGUACCGAGGAGCUCUGCUCUGGAUGAAGGACGUCUCCCAGGAGCUGGACCCAGACACCUACAAGCAGCUGGAGAAGUUCAGGAAGGUCCAGAGUCAGGUCAGAGGGACUAAGAGCCAGUUUGAGAAGCUGAAGAACGAUGUUUGUCAGAAGGUGGACAUGCUGGGAGCCAGUCGCUGCAACAUGCUGUCUCACUCUCUCUGCACCUACCAGACGACUCUGCUCCACUUCUGGGAGAAGACGGCCCAGUCCAUGCUGGAGAUCCACCAGUCCUUCCAGGGAUACGUACCCUACCAGUUCACCACGCUCAAGGAGCUCAGAGACCCUCUGGAGGAGCUGACGGAGCUGCAGAGACAGAAGGAGACGCAGGAGACGGCUCACAGUCUGGUGUCCCUGGAUGAGGAGCAGCCUCCAGGAGGAGCUCCUGGUGCAGACUCCACCAGCAGCACCAGUGAAGGCCAGCUGAGGGACAGUGCGCUCCUCAGCAGCCUGUCAGCAGGAGGAGACCUGAUGCUGCUGACCUCUGACCUCCCAGGACCUCCAGGAGUCCCCCUGCAGCCUCCUGCUGCUCCUCAGGGAGGAGAACUCCUCCUCCUCCAGCCGCCAGCCAGCGGUGCUGUGGAGGAGGAGGAGGAGGGGGAGCGAGGAGACAUGGCGUUCCUGAAGGACCUCCUGAGUCCUGGUCCAGGGUCCAACGAUGACUUCAGCAGAGAGUGGCAGGACGCCUUCGGGGUCUUCGACCAGCCGUCCACCGUCUCCACGGCAACCACCACCGUCUCCACGGCAACCACCGGAGUGGCUGCUAGCGGCGGCGGCGGCGCUCCUCCUGCAGCUCAACCCUCCAGUCCCACAGGCUUCCUGCCCUCCCAGCUGCUGGACCACAGCCUCAGCUCCACAGGCUGGUCGACCCCGCCCAUGUUCCAGGCUCCGCCCCUGCAGCCGCCGCCACCCGGCCGCCAGACCACCACGCCGGCGCCCAGCUCUGCAGCCAACGCAGGAUCUAAAGACAUGUCUGUGUGGUUCGACCUGUUUGCUGACCUGGACCCUCUCUCUAACCCGGACGCCAUCGGACGCUCCCCGGACCAGCUGCUCAACGCCUGAACACCCCACCGUGUGUGUGUGUGUGUGUGUCUGAGUGUGUGUGUGUGUGUGUGUGUGUGUGUGUGUGUGUGUGUGUGUGUGUGUGUGUGUGUGUGUGUGUGUGUUCUCUCACAGGAUGUGGAGGUUUUCCCGUUGAAGUAAAGGAGAGAUGUGUGUGUGGAGAAAGAAACUAUCAGCUGAUUGUAAAAUGUUUCCUCAGCAGCUGUUAGUGACUCACACACAUACACACACACACACACACA